AGAUCCCUUCGAGAUUUCUGUGCCCGAGCGUGAUGUCGAGAUGUCUGUGUAGCGUCCGGAGCAACCAGCUGUAGCGUUUCGUACUUCGUCCUCUGGCCGCCAUGGCUGAAGCCUCUGCAACAACGCCGGAGGUCACAGCCCGGCAGGACGUUGAAGGAAGCCGUAUCCAAGGUCGAUCAAACACCGGAGAUGAUGGAGGCAUAUUUGGAGCACUUCCUGAACCCCAGCCUUACACGCUGCAUGUCGAGAAUCUCUCCUUGGAGGCUCCUGUGGCUGGUGUGCCACUUCCACUGCCUAUACCUGUUUCAUUGCCUCCGAAGUUAGCCAGUCGCGUUCUCGGCAAGAAGUACCGAUCUUAUGCCGGCAAUAGAACUUUGUUGUUGAGGAACGUCAGCCUCGAGAGCCAUCCCGGAGAAGUACUGGCAAUCAUCGGGAGCAGUGGCAGCGGCAAGACGACACUGCUGAACGCGAUCGGCCAGCGAUCAGGUCGCUUGAAGACCUUGUCUGGUUCAGUCACCUUUAGGCCAGUAUCAUCUAGUAGCAAUUAUGUUGAGUGUCCGACGGCUGCCCAGGGGACAUCCUUGGUACCCAGAAAGCUGGGAGGGGUGAUAGGCUUCGUUCGACAAGACGAUUUCUUGCUUCCAUGCUUGACCGUGCGUGAAACUUUGAGGUUUGCUGCCUACCUGCGACUUCCUGCAUCAAUCAGUUCGUCUGCAAGAGAAGAAAUAGUCGAGAAGACGAUUGCAGAGUUAGGUCUCAAAGACGCAGCAGACACAGUCGUCGGAGGCGCUCUGCGGAAGGGCAUAUCGGGCGGAGAGCGGCGGAGGUUAUCAAUAGGCUGUGUUCUCGUCACACUUCCCAGCGUCCUUGUGCUCGAUGAACCUACUACUGGGCUGGAUACGACCGCUGCCUUUCAUUUGCUCUCGCUUCUCUCCUCUCUGGCACGACGCGGACGCACGGUAAUUAUUAGUAUCCACCAGCCUCGGUCAGAUGCAUAUCCACUCUUCGACCGUAUCUGCCUCCUCGCUCGAGGGUCGGUUGUAUAUUCGGGUCCCAGAGCCGAGGCCUUGAAUUGGUUUGCUCAACUGGGCUUCGACGCACCUCCUCGGAUCAAUCCCCUGGACUUCCUCAUAGAUAUCAGCGCCAUCGACACCAGGGACGAAGAGAGUGAGGUCAGGACGACAGAGCAAGUGAAUCACCUAGUGAAGCGUUGGCAGGACUAUGCGGAGAAGACGGCGGAGACUCGCACCGCGUUGGACUCCGUCCAUGAUCGCGAUGACCAGUCUGUCGUUUCAUCUGACCAUGCGGACGGUGUGAAGUCCAAGAAUAAGCGACCUUCACUCGUUCUGCAGACAUUAGUUCUUACGAGACGUGCUUACCUGAAUGUAUAUCGGGAUUAUGGCCAACUGUUCGGCUUCCUCCUCCAGGUAAUCCUGAUUGGACUCGCAACCGGUCUAACGUUCUAUAAACCUCCGGAAACGCCUGCCGGAAUACAGACGCUGAAGACGGUCUACUAUCAAGGCCAAGUAGCGUUCUUCUAUCUCUCAAUCGUUCUGUACAUCUUUAUAAUAUGCAGUAAUCUUAUCGUCUUCGACCGUGAACGCGAGGAUCAUCUCUACUCGGUGGUACCAUAUGUUGUCAGCAACUUCUUAGCAUUUCUUCCUAUCAAUAUCAUCACUCCAUCGUUGUAUGGCAUAAUUCUCUACUUCAUGUGUGGAUUCCGCAAGGAUAACCUUGCGAGGAACCUGUUCAUCUUCAUAGGAAACAAUAUACUUCAACAACUGGCGUCUUUCGCAUACGGUCUUUUUGCAGGAUCGAUGGCUAGGCCGUUUGCCGAGGCUUCUUUACUCGCCAACGGUCUCUCGAUUAUGUUUGUGCUGAGCGCAGGAUACAUAAUAGUCCACUUACCCGGAUACAUCGGCUGGACUCGUUGGCUUUCCCCGUACUUUUAUGGUUACCAUUGGGUCGCCAUCUCUCAGUUUAAGGGGAGAGACUUUGAAUGUGCGGGGGUCGAGGGAGCCGCAAGAAACCAGUGCAACGGGGAUAAUGUCCUUCGUGGCCUCCGGUUUAAUCUGAACACUCCACUGUGGGUGUAUCCUGUCGGUUUGGUCGGCUUCAUUGUUGUAGUCCUUGUCAUUGCAGCAUGCCUCCUUCAGUUCUACCACCCAGGUGGAGUCCGCCACGCAGCAAAGCAGAUUGGGAAAGACACCGGGUCUGCACGCGCCGAGAAGGUGGCGGAGGGCAUCAAUCCACCUGAGCGGGACCCCGUGCAGGUGGAAUUACGCAACUUGUCAUUAGAAGUCAGCCAGCGCGAUUUAUUAGGACGGCAGAGUCGGAAGACCAUCCUGUCAGAUAUAAGCGCUGUAUUCAAACCGAGACAAGUGUCAGUGAUCAUGGGCCCGUCGGGUGCUGGGAAGAGUUCUCUCCUUGAGGUAAUCUCAGGCCAGCUGGCCACCGGCCUUUCCUCUAGGUUUAAGGUGACUGGAGAUGUGCUCUUCAACGGCGAGCCGAUGUCCGAGGCGACGAAAGGGCUUGUGGCGUUUGUACAGCAAAGUGAUAACUACUUGCUUCCGGCCCUUACGGCGAGUGCUGCCCCGAUACGUGAGACGUUGCAUUAUGCGGCAGAUCUGCACUUGCGAGGAAUGCCCCGAAAGGACAAAUUGCGACGUGCCGAGGAAGUCCUCCGUAUGAUGGGACUCCGUCCCGUCGCAGAUAACAUCGUUGGCGGAGAGAACGUCAAAGGGAUCAGCGGUGGAGAGAAGAGAAGACUGUCCUUGGCAAUACAGCUCAUAUCCGAUCCCUCGGUCCUGAUCUGCGACGAGCCCACGAGUGGCUUGGAUGCUUUCAUCGCUUUGAGCAUCAUGGACACUUUGCGACAGAUUGCUGCUUCGGGUAGAACUGUCAUUGUCACGAUACACCAGCCUCGGUCGGAAAUUUGGGCGAAGUCGUUCGAUGAUGUGCUGCUUCUGUCUGGUGGCCGAACUGUGUAUGCUGGACCGAAAGACCAUCUUCUACCGACUCUUGAAUCAGCCGGCGAGGUGGCGCCUCUCUAUUAUAAUCCCGCCGACUUUGCCUUGGAUAUCAUUUCUGUCGAUCGACGGGAUGAGCUCGCCAGAAAGGAAACAACGGCCCGGGUGGAGAAGCUUAUCGACUUCUGGCGCUCCGGAACCGAGAUGAAGCGGCUGGAAGACCACAAAGUCGAGACUACGACGCCUCGUCCGCCAGCGGAGGUCCGUAAUCACAAGCAGAGAUCGUCCAGGUUCUUCGCUUUGCCAAUAGUGUUGAGUAGGAGUUGGAAGAAUCUGCGUAGGCAGCAGGAUGUCUUUGUGGCUCGAUUGGCGAACCCGCCUUUCCUCGUUCUCUUAUUCUGGCUGUUCUUCUUGCGUCUGUCCAAAGGCCCCUCUGGCGCUCAGGACCGCAUAGGCUUGCUGAUCGAGAAUAGUGCAAUGCCUUUCGUCGGCAUGUUAGCGUCCAUCGCCAUUUAUCCAGCCGAGAGGGACGCAUUCUAUAGAGAGUAUAAGAACCCUACGUCUCGUUACAGCGCGGCAACCUUCAUUCUAUCAUACACUAUUCAAGAGAUACCCAUACAGCUAGUGGCAUCGAUGAUAUAUUCGAUCAUCAUGUUAGGUGGUAUGAACCUACAGUUGAACGCCCGCAUAUAUUUCGAGUACACGGUGGGCGUUUUCGGUUUAUUGAGUUUUGGCGAGAGCAUCGGUAUUAUCUUUGCGAGUUGGGUGAUCAACGGAGGUCUUUCGGUGUCCAUAGUAUCUUCUGCCUUGACUAUCAUGUCACAGACAUGCGGAAUCUUGUCUGCGACCCUCCCGAAAUGGCUGCAAGUCAUUGCAUGGGCUGGCGCUUUGACAUACCAAGUGAGGGUGGCCUUCAUCAACGAGUUCACCGGGUUGCAGUUUAACUGCACUGACGCCGAGAUAGCGUCCGGAGAAUGUCUAGCUGUGAGCGGAGAGCAGAUGAUAGAGACCUUUGGCUUCAAGGACAGGAAUACAGCGAAAUUUACAGGACUGCUCCUUGUUGUUGUUACUAUCUAUCGACUGCUGGCUUGGCUCGCGGUGAGGCUUCGCGUAGCGUUGUUCUAGCUUCGACCAGAGGAGUCGAGGCUCGUAUUUUGCUGCAUUUAUUCACGGAUGUACAUUACAGCACAUACUCGGAUGGACGUGGACAUGUAAUUACGCGUAUGCAUGUAACUUUGUCUUCUUGAGCAAUGGUAUUCUUGAC